AUGAAUGAGCAAAAGGAGAUUCUUGCGGAAUAUAUUAAAAAUAUCACCUUCUAUUACGAAAAUGACCAAAACCCACAAAUCUGGUAUCCAAUGUUCUAUCAAGGCAUGUUUAAAGAAAAAGACCCUAAUGGGUGGAUUAAGGAAAACAAUGUAAUUUUUUUGAAGGACACACCAAACAAUAUUUUGUAUAACAGAUGGUUUCUCUCUGAAUAUGGCGCUAUAACCGCCUUAGAGUAUUCAUCGAAUGGAAAUUAUAUUAUUGUUGGUCAUUCAUCCGGACUCAUUCAGAUGCGACAUGGCAGUACCGGGACAGUACUUUGUACGCUGCGCAAUAUUCAGUACCCACCUAAGCCAAUAUACGCCCUUGAAUUCAGUUUACAAGAAGAGAGGGUCUGUUAUGCGGCGUGUAUGGAUGGUGCUAUAUACCGAAUUGAAAUACCAAACAUAAACGUGUCAACUGAAGAUCCACCAGAAUUCUGUAUAAGGGCAGACCCAGCCCUCGAAUCAAUGAAUACGCAGUUCUAUGGAGCUCCUGGAAUAUCGUCAUCGUCUACGCCAUUUAUCACGAGUCUCGCAAGUUGGAAGGGAGAUAUCAUCCAGAUCUUGUCAUUUUUUGAAAACUAUUUGCUCGUAAGUAUAUAUCCAGAGCCAAGGUGCCCGGCGCUAUCAUUGGGAAUUACCGCUGACCAGACGAAAAUGGUCAUUGGCUACGGCGACGCCUCCAUUAAAGUGUACGACAUGGAAACCCAAGAGUUAGAUUUGACAUAUAAAGUGCAGAAGCUGCGAGUGCAGUUUAUACCGAAGAAAAUACAACGCUUGCAUACCGGCCAGGUCUGUGCACUGCGCUGCCACGACCAGAAGGUCUACAUGUUCGCUAGUGGAGCCUGGGAUAGAACUUUGAGGAUUUGGGACAUACGGUGCAAAGUUGGCUGUGUAAUGACAUUCGAAGGUGUCAACAUUUGCUCCGACAGCGUUGACUUAAACAGGGACCAUUGCCUAGCAGGUAGCUGGCAACCAACCGAAGCUCUGACAGUAUGGGACCUUGUAGCCAAGAAGAAACUUAAUACUAUACGAGUGCAAAAUCGACGGCCUGAUGUCGACGGCGAGUAUAUUUACGCUUGUCGAUACUGGAGGUCAAAAGAGUUCAAUCGCAAAGGCAAGUAUGCUCUCAUAGGCGGUAGCGGCACGAGCUGCUUAGAAGUGAUUAACUUGCACAAUCGGUACAUUAGCUGCUCAUACCCUGUUACUGGAACGAUCCUGGCGAUCACUAGUCACCAAGAACGAAUAGCCUUUGGAGGCACUGCUCCUGUACUUAAUAUUGUCAGUUUCCACGAUCCCAAACAUGAGCAAUAUAAUGUUGAUGAAACUGAAAUAGAUGGUUCAACAUGGACUCCUGCCGAUGAGUUUCAGCUUUAUUCAUCAACAGAUUUAGGAACAUUUGAAAAUUAG